GGGCAAAGUGCGCAUCAACCAAUUUGUCUUGAUGCGCUGCGAUGCUGUUCGUAGGUCAUGCGACCGCCCAGCUUACCGAAGUGCGCCACACACGCAACACACCAAGUCAAGUUCACCUUGGCUCUCAAGACCCCGUUGCAUAACCCAUUGUGGAUAGGGAGAUCACCACUGAGAACUACGAUUCACUAUGAGGAUAGACUGUCCAGCAAAUGCAACUAACACCCAACGAAAGAGUAAGCUGCAGAUACCGUACACCACAAAGUUAUUGACGUUUGCUGCCAUGAAAAAAACACCCAAAAGCUCACGGACAAUGUCUCCCUCAGCGGCGUUAUUCAAGGCUGGAGCACAUGGCUUGUGUUGAAAAGGAACCUAAACCUAAAAUGCGCCUCAGAUUGAUUAUUCUUCACCGUGCAUACGAAUACUGAGGUAGGUACAAUUUCUCCGCGCAUACAUUCAUGGUGAGAGAUUUCGCCAAACUUGAUAUUCAAAUUCAUGGGGCCAACACUUGGAUCUCGAAGAGCAAGAUCCGCUGCGAUCUUAACGUGCAGCAUCCUGGCAAAAGUGAUGACGCUUGAUCGACAAAGAGGGGGUGUACUCGUACAGAGAAAGAUACGAGAAGCGUCUCGACGACAAGUCCAAAGACGUCCUGGAGGACAAAUUUCAGCGCACGGCCAAACUACAAGCGGAGUAGUUCUAGGCCUGACAGCUCUCGCAAAGCUGGGGCCGAGUCGGGGGAGGCUACACUAUGUGCGGGGUUUACAGCCUACGGAACUCCAGCGAAAAAGUUCGAUCAGCAGCUUAGUGUCCAGGGUGGAAACAUCUUGUCGCCAAACCUCGUUGCUUAAGUGGUGCCUCAAGCACUGUGACAACACCCAAGAGGGAAAGCUUCAUGGUGACAAGCGAAAACUCCGACUUAUCAAGCGACACCCCUGGUAUCAAAGCUCUCUUUCCGGCUCUCACGACUGCUCCGGUUCUUUCACCGAGAAUCUCGCCAGCCAACGACAGUCUUGCUUCGGCUGCUUUACCUUCUUUCCGGGUUGGGUGGCGCCAAACCAAGCUCCUUUGUCUUUUUCCCUUGUACAACAUUUGACGACCAUCAAGAGGGCCACUGUGCUCUAGUCUGGAGUAACCGAGCACCUCGUCGGUGGCUCAACGCAAUACGACAGACUUCGACACUCUUGGCUACUGUGUGACUUUAGCUUCUGUCGUGAUUGGAACUUAUACUUCUGAUCGCGCUAGUCAGGUUAUACAUCUUUGGGCGAUUGGACAAGGCUGAUUGGCCUCGCUGGCAGAACGGCAUGACUUUCGUCGCUAGAAUUACUCUGCGUCAUGAGCUGUGUUCAAGCAUACAGUGGGUUGCUAAGGGAUAAGCAGUAGUUAUAUAUUCAUGCUCGUACCCCCUUACCCGAGCGUCUGCCCUGCAUCUGUGUCCUCCUUCACCACACGACACAAUCCACGCGGAGUCAAGCUUGUUUGUUGGUGGCUUGCGCCUUCACUAAGGUCUUCGACAAUUACUGGUUCGAUCAAGCACCAUGAGUUACAGCCACGACGAAGAAAGCGGAGGCGGCCGCGCCGGCCGCCAUAUGAGCGUAUCUCACUAUGCAAACAAUCUGGGAGCACCCACAUAUGACACUACGCGACGAAGGUCAUCCAUCGUCCCAGCUGCAGUUGCUGGGGCCACGCAGGGAGAGGCUGUCUUCAACCAGAAGGAUGACACUCUUCGCAAGAUGUCUGUCGCUGUCCCAAAUCUGGCAGAGCUCACCGCUGAUGCGAAGAAUGCUGUUGAGUUCGAACACAAGAUGGGCUUCCGCGAAGGCUGUAAACUCUAUCCAAAAGCCAUCAUGUUCUCCUUCGCUCUUUCGCUUGCCGUUAUCAUGGAAGGCUACGAUACCUAUCUACUAGGCAAUUUCUUCGGCAAUCCUGCUUUCAACAAGAAAUAUGGCUCGUUCGCAGGCACCAAGGAUGGAGCUCCGACAUACCAGCUGUCUGCUACCUGGCAAUCCGCUCUCUCGAAUGGUACCGCCGCUGCUCAGAUCAUUGGUCUAUUCCUGAACGGCAUCAUUUCUGAAAGAAUUGGAUACCGCUGGACCAUGAUUGGCGCCCUGAUUUUCAUCGCGGGCUGUAUCUUCAUUACCUUUUUUGCUGUGGACAUCCACAUGCUGCUUGCAGGCUACAUUCUCUCUGGCCUCCCCUGGGGUGUUUUCCAGACUCUUACCACCACAUACGCGGCCGAAGUUACUCCAGUACCACUUCGACCCUAUCUGACAACAUACGUGAACCUUUGCUGGGUUAUCGGUCAGCUCAUCGCCGCUGGUAUCCUGAAAGGAUUUGUCGAUAACACAACUGAAUGGGCUUACCGUGUUCCAUAUGCCAUACAAUGGAUCUGGCCACUUCCCAUCGCGGCUGCUGCAUUCUUUGCCCCCGAGUCACCAUGGUGGUUGGUCCGCCACGGAAAGCUCGACGAAGCUCGUAGAGCUUUGUUGAAACUGACCUCCAAGAAGAAUACCGGAUUUAAUGUGGAAGAUACUCUAGCCAUGAUGAUUCACACCAACGAGCUUGAAAUUCAACAGACAGCCGGUACUACUUACCUUGAUUGCUUCAAGGGCAACGAUCUCCGCCGUACCGAGGUGACUUGUGUUACCUGGCUCAUCCAACAAACAUCCGGCUCCCCCAUGAUCGGCUGGGGCACAUACUUCAUGGAACAAGCUGGCCUUGAUGCAACAGACGCUUAUUCCCUCGGCGUUGGUCAAAGCGCGAUGGGCUUCUGUGGCACAGUACUCUCCUGGUUCUUGAUGCCACAUUUUGGCCGUCGCACUUUAUAUAUCUGGGGUCAGAUUGGCAUGUUCAUCAUUCUCAUGAUCAUUGGUGGCCUAGGUGUGCCGUCUCUAUCCACUUCGGUCGGCUGGGCGUCUGGUGCCUUGAUUCUCAUUCUGACCUUUGUCUACGACUUCACCGUGGGCCCUGUGUGUUACUCACUCGUGGCCGAGCUGCCGUCCACCCGACUUCGUAUCAAGACCGUUGUCCUGUCGCGAAACGUCUACAAUAUCAUGGGCAUCAUUGUGGGUACUCUUCAGCCCCGUAUGAUGAAUCCGACCGAGUGGGCAUGGCGCGGAAAGACUUGCUUCUUCUGGGGAGGUCUCAAUGCAUUAGGACUGGUCUGGACAUAUUUCCGCCUUCCAGAACCAAAGGGCCUCACAUAUGCCGAACUCGAUGUGUUGUUUGAAAACAAAGUGUCUGCACGCAAGUUCAGAAAAGUCAAGGUCGACCCCUUCCGCUCCGACAACCUCGUCAUUGUUCCCGACGACGAGAACGGUAUCUCUUCCGAAGUAUUCGAGAAGAAGGGUUUCUGAAUGUAUCAAUCCCUUGCAAAAUGGCUUGUCCAGGUGAUGUUGCACACAAAUGUCUCGCUUUGUGUGGGUAAGAAACGUGAAACUGUUCUGUCGAUGCAGAAAGACGAUGCCUUCUUUUCGUGGUACUGAAUUGGUGCUAGUGAUAUAACUGCAACCUUGCAAGAAAAUAUAUAUUUAUAUCUAUCUACGUUGAAUAAAAUCAUAUGUGCC